GCGUGCGUGAGUAAGAGAGAGAGAGAGAGAGAGAGAGAGAGGUAGAAAACUGUAGGGGAAAAUUCGUUGUGCGUGCGCGUGAGUAAGAGAGAGAGAGAGGGUUACCGGAUUCCAUAAUCAGGUAAAUCCCUUCGUUUAUAAAGAGUGACCCGAUUCUAAAAUAGAGUUUCACUCGAGCGCUAGUCCUCUGCAUUAGGAUUCAAGAAAAGAACGACUAGCUGCCUCGGCUGCAGCUCAACAACACAACGCUACUCUUCAGUUUCCGACUCCGCCAACCCAUCGUCUCACCUCAUUACGGAAUACUAUGAAAUGUUAUGAAUUACUGCAAGGGAGGCUUGCUGCUAUAAUUUGAUUCCGUUUGCGGAUGCAUUCUAAAGAGUGAUCAUCAGAAAUGAAGAGAAUGUGUAGUUCAACCUCAGAUAUUAUAAGCGAUCUUCUUGGUAAUAUACUCGAAAAAAUCUUGGUACUUGUGCCCAUACGAGAUGCAGUGAGGACAAGUGUUUUGUCAAAGAAAUGGACGUAUAACUGGAGAACUAUUCCGGAUCUUGUGUUUGAUGAUAAGUCACUAGUGGAUCCUUAUCCGAUUCUAUUUCGCCAAGGAUUUCCACCAGACCAGCUCUCAACUAAAAACAGAUUUUUGGCUUCUAUUUACCAUGUUCUGUUACUUCACCGCGGAGCAAUACUCUACUCUCUAUAUCUAAACUCGAAAGCUGUUCUGAAAUUGACACAUUGAUAACUAUUGUGUCGAGUAGUGGGAUCCAAGAACUCACCCUUAAAAUUUGGAAGGGUAACCCCCAUAAAUUACCUCAAUCUCUGUUUUCUUGUCAACAACUGACACACUUAAAUCUCGAAUAUUGUGUAUUUAGACCCCCAACAACGUUUAAGGGAUUUAAUAGGGUUGUUUGCUUGGAGCUUUUUGAAGUCAUCAUCACUGUUGACGCCUUUCAGACUUUGGUUUCCAGUUGCCUACUACUUGAACAAUUGAAAUUUGAAAGUUCUGCCUGUUUUGACUAUAUUGGAAUUGAUGCUUCUAAUCUCAAAGUCCUAAGCUUAAUGGGGUUUUUCAAAUCUCUCUGUGUCAAGAAUGCACAUCAUCUUGUAAAUUUUCACUACAUUCAAAGCCUUUCAAACACCGAUUGGAAUAUCAAGAUGGACUUGAAUGGGUCGGUCUUUUGGAUGGCCUACCUGUUCUUGAGAAUCUGCGUAUGGGUAAUCCAUACAUGUUGUUAAUGGUUGCAGGCUGUCUUUUAAAAAAGAGGCUUCUUACUUUAAGGCACCUUAAUGCUCUAGAGUUAUCUAGUGUUGACCUUGGGGCAGUAUGUAUUUUUCGAUUUAUUUGGUUGACAAUGACCAACUCCCCAAAAUUACAGAAAGUAAAAAUUCAGGCAAAGUCAACCAACGGCAGUGAGGAAGCUACUGUGAAAGCGUGUGAAGAGAAUAUACACAGCUCGAAGCUCCGUCUAAAACAUAUUCGAGAGGUGGAGAUGCAUCUUGUAUCUGGCACACCAGUUGAAUUACACUUUAUGAAGCUUCUGUUAGCCACAUCCCCAAUAUUGGAGAUCAUGGUUGUGAAGCCACAUCCGGUUAAGGUUUCUGAUGGAGGAUUGAGGAUCUUGAAAGAGCUGUCACAAUUUCAACGUUUGUCACCCAAGGCAAAAAUCACGUACAAAGAUCCAAAUGAAAGAAAUCUCCAAGUUUAGGUCAUGGAUGAAGUGCAUUUUGGUCAUCUUAAUAUGUCAGUGUAUCAAGAAUUGACAUAUGUCAUCUGAAAUUUGUUUGUUUCGGUCAGCUAGGCUACACUUAAAGCAACUAGACAACUACUAUAAAUGAGGGUAUUGGUUUUGAUGGAGCUGUCGACCUUUUUUUUCUUUUUCCUUUCUGCGUUAGAAACUACUCCAAAAAGUAGUGGCAUUUGGCAUUUUUCCCCUACAAGAAAAUUGACCUUUUUCUAGGCAUGUGACGAUAUUUUUUACUGAUUGUUUUAAUUGAAGAGGCAUGGUUUUUAACAUUUGUAUUUAGCAAA